CCCUGCCUUUCAUCCUUUUCCUUUUUUACAUGUGAUGUAACUCCAUGACCCCCAAGAAAUAAACAAUAGGCAUUACCUUAACAACUUCCUUUUAUUUCUUCCUCUCGGCCAUAAUAAGGCAGCCGCUCGCAACGUAAUCCAUAAAGAAGAUCCUAAAAUAUUCACUAGAGGAAGAUUUUCACUUGGUGGGGAAGCUGUUAAGGAAAAAAGAAGAAGAGCAAAAACAUAAAAACAAAUUAAGAUUUGACUUAUCCUGUUAAUUAAUUAUUACUAGUACUAAUAUUAAUCAAGAAGUAGGUUAUAAUAGUUUUUUAUUUUUUAAUUAUAUAAAGAGGGGAGACUAGAUUGAGAGAUCAACAAAGACAGCAUAAAGCAGUAUUGGAGGAGGGAAGAACAAAUCAAGCAGGACCAGAAAUCCUUAAAUGGACAACCUUUUGGGUCUUUUAAGGAUAAAAAUCAAGAGAGGUGUAAACCUUGCUGUACGCGAUGUCCGCAGCAGUGAUCCUUACGUUGUUGUCAAGAUGGGUAAACAGAAACUGAAGACGCGAGUUAUAAACAAGGAUGUUAACCCUGAGUGGAAUGAAGAUCUGACCCUUUCUGUUUCAGAUCCAAAUCUUCCUGUUAAGCUGACUGUAUACGAUCACGAUAUGUUCAGCAUGGAUGACAAAAUGGGAGAUGCAGAAUUUGAGAUCAAACCAUUUUUAGAUGCUCUGAAGAUGAACUUAGAUGGCCUCCCAUGUGGCACAGUAAUCUCAAGAGUAACGCCGUGCAGGUCAAACUGUCUGUCGGAAGAGACUAAAGUUGUAUGGCAAGAUAACAAAGUUGUGCAAGAUAUGUGCCUCAGAUUGAGAAAUGUGGAAUGUGGAGAGGUCGAACUCCAACUUCAGUGGAUCGAUCUUCCUGGCAGCAAGCGUAUAUAGAAUACGCAGGAUACAGCAAGCGUAUAUAGAAUACGCAGGAUACAUUAUGUAUCUGGUUGCUGUUGUCUUUGCUUAUACUGUUUGUGGUUUGACAUAGAGGCUGAGUUCCAUAAAUAUGUCCUUUGUAUUCUGCAGCAAUAUGCAGAAGGUUUGUAGCCUAGUAAAUAACAUAUUAUUUGAACAACUUUCAAGUUGUCUUUUGUUGGAAUUGUUUAAGUUAUAUAUGGGGAUACUGAUGAUAUAAAUUA